AUGGGUUGGCUACAGACUGUUCAACCUGUUCAUCGUUGUAAGCUGGAAAUAUUCGAGUCGAUCAUUCUUCACGGUCAUGUUAUGAGUCUUGAGUACAUGGAUAAUUUAAGCAAACCAAAAUUCGUCGCGAAUUCAAUACUUCAGCAUAGUCAAAUUCGACGAAUCGAACGUUUAAAAAUAUCGCAAUGUGCAGACAAUGCCAGGGAAUAUAUAACUGCCUUAGUUAGUGAUAUUUAUGAGAAAGCCGGAUUUUUAAAAAGAUAUGCGGGUGACGUUACUGAAUCAUUUACAACACACGUUGACGAUACUGCCCGUUUGGCGGACCGUGCCGAAUUGAUCAGACGAAAAGAACGUGCGCUCUCAGCUCAACUUAAAAACCAGGAAGAUAUGAAAACGAUUCGUGCAAAAACAAAAGAAAUAGCUGAGGCUUCCAUUAAAUUAAAUUUGAACAAGUCUGGCAUCGGUUAUUCUGUCGAUAAAAAGUUGGGAACCAACAAAGCUAUUUUUAGUAUUUUGGGCCCUCAUACGGGUCACCACUAUGGAGAUGUGGUUCUCAUUUUCAAACGUGAAAUUCUUCAUCAUCCUGAUGCAAACUUUUCCCUUCAAGCAGCGACCUCAUAUUUCAGUGGAAAUUGUUACGAAUGGCGUCCAUGGUUUGGCACUGCUCCAAAUCCGAAAGUGGAGUCGACACAGAUCGACUUAUUUCACAAAACUAAAUUGCAUCCUUCUGUACCUGGAUAUGAAUAUGCGACCGCUCUCGAACUGAUCGCCAUAACAAGUCGCAAGAUGAACAAAACACCAGUAGAAAUCGAUCUUGAUAAAGUUAUUCAACGAUGGCUUACUGUGGAUUCUCAUGAAGUUAUCGAAGCUCACCUGCCUCCACUCAUUCCACUAGAUUAUAUUGAACAGAUUUAUAUGCCACAAAGUAUAUACAAGGCACUUAGCGAAAAUACUCAUAAUAUAGUCGAUGAUCUUUUCAAAGAUUGUCUUACGCUCUCAGAUAAAGAAUCUAAAGAUUAUAACAAAUUUGUUGUCGAAGAACUCAAUGAACGAUUUCGUCCAGAUGAUCCCCAUUCAGUGUCUCGACCCACUCGUGGUGCUAUCUUGACAAUACCGUCAACGAACUUCAAUGAUCAUUAUGUUUUACCUUUGACCAUUUCGCAAGCGGAAGAACAAUAUCGUCACGAUCAUCCACACAUAACAAGAGAAAGUACGAUUUACAUCUACUGGCAACUGAUGAAUGGGGACAUGAUGCUAACACUAUCUGCUAAACCUAUUGAUGCAGACGAAACAAAUGCAAAGGAUUCCUGUUUAAUUUGUUAUGUUGCCCCAAAGUCAUCGUUUGACGCAUCAGAUGACGUAGAAUAUCACGAACAGACAUCAUAUUUGAAUAGCGGUCAACCUUAUGAACAUUCAGUGUUUGUUAGCGAAAAACGAUUCGCAGGAAAAUCCAAUGAAUUCUAUAUGGGAUGUAAUACCGAUGAUCUUAUGACUCUCUGUCUGGAAAUUCAGCGUGCAACCGGAGUAGUCAAUCUUUCUCACGCUGGCCCUAAUGCCAUCUACAAUCAUCAAAAGAUUUCCUGGAAAUUUCCCAAAACAGAACUCGAUACAAAGAAGUUAGAAUUUAUUCAUGUGAGCGCCGGAAAUAGAACUGUGCCCAUUCGAAAUUUGAUCAUUACAUUCGAGAAACAAGAAGAUUUACACCUAACAUUGAAUCCAGAUUUCAUCAAGGGUACUUCGUACAUGACCGAAAAAGCAUCAACGGAAACAAGAAUCGAUAGGACACAAAUGCAUCAUCCUACACAAGAUGAUCAAAACGCAGCAUCACAUGGUCUUGUCACUCAAUUUCUGAAUAGAGUCAGUCAAAUAAAGGAUAUAGUAUUUGGUGCUGAUGACAGUUCAUCAUUGAAACCGUGUCCCAAGGGUUUUAAUUGUCUCAUUCAGUUCUCAGACAAUGCAAAAACACAUAAUUCACAAUAUUCGCAUCCAUGUCGUUAUGCUGAGCUCUGUCGAAAUCCAGAACCUAAUCUAACGCAUCCUCGAGCACCUCGUGAACUUCCCCAUUGUUCUUCUGAUACAAAUUGCAAACAGCUUUGCGAUCCGAUACAUCGGGCUCAUUUUUUUCACACUGAUUUACCGUUCUAUUUGAUUCCUUGCCGACGACAAAAAAGUUGUAACGACAAUUCAGAAGGUCAUCGAAAGAAAUACUCACAUGGCGAAGAAGGUUUAGAAGAAAUUGGCGAGGAGACAUUCGAAGGUAGAGUAGACUAUUUUUCUCUGAAAAUAUUUUUUCAUUUUCAUUUGUCAUACACAGUUGUAAGUGCUCAAUCGACGCAGCAUCGACAAAAAAUGCAGAAACACACUAUUGUUCCCGCUACACGCGUACCAUGCAAAUGGGGUUCAAGAUGUCGUGAUGCAGCAGAUGCAAAACAUUGUGAAAAAUACUCUCAUCCUCCUGGUAUAGAGAAAAACGAUAAUCGAAUUCCUUGCAAAUGGGGUACCCAGUGUCAUGAUCAUAAAUCCGAUCAUCGAAGAAAAUAUUCCCAUCCAUCAGCUUGA